AUGGCCCGGAGAGCGUUGAAGGCUCAGCCGCGUCCGCCGGCUCCGCCUGGCAGCGAGCGAGGGAAAGAAGGAGGGCGUGAAGGAGGAGCCUCAGCCUGCCGCUGCCACCGCCGCAGGCUGUCCGGGCGGAGGGAGGGACAGCCGCAGGGAGCAGAGUGGGCGGGGCCGGGGGCGCGGGUCAGCGCGGGCGCGCCCCUUCGGAGAGCGCAAGAGCAUUGCACCUCAGGCCGGCACCCCCAGCACCAGGCCCGCACCGCAGAAACUGACAGCAAGGAGAUGCCACCUAAGUUCAAAGAAGAAAGAAUAAAAGCUGAGGUACAGCAGAUAAAGAACACAGGUGCUGCUCUGCAGAAGGGUGAGGUCCACUGAGCCAAGGCUUCUGCAGACCAGCUGAAGCAGACCUUGCAAGGGCUGGAGGCUGUGCUGGAGGGGGCCCCACGUGAAGGGAAGGCCAUAUGUAGGUAUGUAUUCAGUCAAGUAGGUGGGCAGGAGACAGGCUCCUGGAAGAGAGCCAAGAGGGCCAGAGGAUGCAAGGAAGGGAAACAAGGAAGACUUCCAUUUGCCAUGCUUAGUGUCAGCCUUCCCAGCAGAUUCUUCUUAGAUUUUCAAGGUCUCCCAGAUUCUCAGAAUCACCACAAGAACCAAGAUGGCCUUUAUGCUCUUGUCUGGACCAAGUGGAGCCAUUCAUACCCACAAUUUCCCUUCCUCCCUCCACCACUCCAUCCCCACCUGGUUCCCUGGCUGUCCACUGCCACCACCACAGAGAUGAGUCAUCAGUGCCAGGUCCUGCAGGAAGAGAUGUAAACCCAUACCAGGCACCUGGAGAAAGAAGUGAGGAGCCUUCAAGAGCAGCUAGGUAGGCUCCCCAGCCUCUCAGCCCAUUCUCUUAGAGGGUCACUGAUGAGGUCCAGCCUUAAGGGAAGUGUCACCAUUUUGUCCUCCUUCAUCCUUCUGCCCCAUUCCCCAAUGACAUCCCAGAGGGAAGCUGAGGCUGCAUGGGGAGAAGCUAAGCAAGCCCUCAGAGAGUGAGACUGAACUCUGGCUCAGCUUCGGACACACACAGCAGACAUGGAAGCCAAGUAUGAGAACAUCUUAUAUGGCAGCCUAGACAGGCUCUUGGCUAAGCUCAGAGCCAUUAAGCCUCAGUGGGAUGGAGCCAUGUUCAGAUUCCACACCAGGUACAAGGAGCAGCUCUACCAGUUUGGAUUCAACCCCCUGGACCUUUCAGAUUAUACACAUAUAGUCUCUGGGGCCCCAACAAUAAAGAUCUCUUAAUGUAGAAGUCAACAAAAUGUGUGGUGAGGCUUUUUGACAAAAAUGAGUAACUCUCAUGUGAACACCUUGGUUCUGGGCUAACCCAUUAGCCUGAAGACUGAAUGACAGGAAAGAAAUUUGACAAGGUCUUAUCACUUCUCCUAGAGAAACUGGGUACCACCCCUUGAGCUUGGGGCCUUUUAGUCCCUUUGAACCACAGCCUCCCCCCACCACCCCAAACACAGGCAGCCAGUUUUGUGGGGAAAGGCUAUUUCUGUAAGUAACCAACAGUGACCAGGUACCUGCCCCCACAAUCCUAAAGUGCUCAUCUCCUAACUCUUGCAAUACAUCUAAGAGUCCUGGAGUCAUGCCUAGGGUAACUUAUAGAUGGCUUCAAUCCUAGUUGGCCCUACAGUCCACCUGAAAAGGGAAAAGUCUGUGUUUCUCUCUUCUAUGAUAACUCUCUCAGUAUUACUUUACUUUUGCUCACCAAAUGUGUAGGAGUUUUUCCCACACCAAGAAAUUCUUCAACUCUUCUGUGGACACCAAUCCGGUGUCCUACAAUUUAACUCAAUUCUGACACUAUCUACCUAGAGAUAAUGUAGGUUA